AUGAAAGCCAUGGGUUUACCAACUUCAUUUACAUCAUCAUUGAUUGAACGAUCAAAACCUCAUCGACAAACACGUUCACGAUCAUUAUCUAAUGAACAAACAACAGAUGAUUCAUUACUUGAAAAUACUCAAUUAACUAAUAAUGAUUUAUUUAAAAAUGCAUUAAAUGAUUGGCUUGUCUAUUGGAAUCGUGAUGGUUAUCAAUUAGCAACAAAUACAUGGACAACAAAUUCAGAUAUUCAUAAUCAAUCUGAUGGACAUGAUACAUCACAUUCAUCAGAUGAUUCAUUAACAAAUAUUCAAAAUGAACAAGUCUUAAGUGAUCUUUGGCGUGAGCAUUAUCUAUCUACAUAUGAUAAAUCUCUUCGUGAAUAUUGUUUAAAUCAUGAACUUGAUUAUGAACAAUUUGUUGAUUAUAUUACAAAUAUUUAUGGUAUAAAUGAAAAUGAUGUACGAAUAAAAACUAUUAAUGAAUUUGAUUCUAAUGAUGAUAAUGAUGAAAUGCAUAAACGAAUGAAAACUAAUAGUGAUUUAAUCAAUGAAGAAAAAGAAAUAAAAAAUCAAUUUGAACAUCUUGGUCUUUAUUUAGAUAAUUCAAAUUUAUCAAAUAUAAAAUCAUCAUUAAUUGAAUAUACAAAAAAUUGGAAUCAUUUAUCCUAUGGACUUAUUCUUAAACAAACUAUUCAUUUACAUACACAAUCAAUUGAUGAUGAUAAAAUGAUUAUUGAUGAUAAAGAUAUUAAAGAUAAAAAACGAAAAGGAAAAAAAUCAAAAUCAAAACAAACUAUUCUUGAUAAGAAAAAUAUUCCGGAAGAAUUUCAUAAUGAUUCUGAACUUUUAAAAUAUUGGCUUCAACGUUAUCGACUUUUUUCAAAAUUUGAUGAAGGAAUUGUUCUUGAUAGAGAGGGAUGGUUUAGUGUAACACCGGAAAAAAUUGCACGACAUAUUGCGAAACGUUGUCGAUGUGAUGUUAUUAUUGAUGCUUUUUGUGGUGUUGGAGGAAAUACAAUACAAUUUGCAUUUACGUGUCAAAGAGUUAUUGCUAUUGAUAUUGAUCCGAAAAAAAUCGAAAUGGCAAAACAAAAUGCUCAAGUUUAUGGAGUCGAAGAUCGAAUUGAAUUUAUCCAAGGUGAUUUUCUUAAAUUGGCUCCAACAUUAACCGCUGAUGUUGUCUAUUUAAGUCCACCAUGGGGUGGUCCAGCCUAUGGUACAAUUGAUAUAUUUGAUCUUGAAAAAAAUAUUGAAUUAAAUGGUUAUCGAGUAUUCGAAGUUGCUAAAGCAAUAACACCAAAUGUCAUCUAUUUCUUACCACGAAAUGUUAAUGUUGAACAAGUUAUAUCAUUAAUGGAUGAUAAAUCAUCAUUAGAACUUGAACAAAAUUUUCUCAACAAUCGAUUAAAAACGAUAACAGCAUAUUUUGGUGAUUUAGCUAAACAAGCUAAUUAUUAA